AUUCAGAUGCCCACAGCACCACAUCCAGUAUGUCUCCUUCUCAGUCUCCCAGCCACAGUAACCAAUCAGACGACGGCUCUGACAUCGAGACCAAACAGAGACGUCCGACCCCGUCUGGGUUCUCCUUUCUCGACCUGUCCUACUGGAAGAGGCAAAAGGUGUGCUGCGGGAUCGUCUACAAGGGGCGUUUCGGUGAGGUGAUCAUCGAUCCUCGUCUCUUCAAGCCCUGCUGUAACAAGAAGCGUCCCGCUCUGGCGUCCUCCUCGGACUCUCAGCUCUCCCAAACACUUCCUUCCCCUCUCCCAGAGGUCAUGAAGGAGGCCUGGUGAUCCACCUAUCACACCCUCCUUGAGGCCCUCAUAGCUUUGUCUCCAGUGGUAGACUCUGAUAUCUUCCCUUUGUUAGAUAACUGUGUAUGAGUUGAGUUUUUCCCCAAUGCUUUUGUAUUAUUAUUUUUUUACGCCUAUUUUGUAAAAUGUCAUUUUUGUACCUUUUUUAUAAAUAUAUAUAUAUAUAUAUAUAACCGGAAAAGGAGAACAAAUUGGGCAUUAGGACAUAUUUAUAGGUCUGAGUUAGGAAAUGUAAUCCAUUUUUUUUAUUACUGUAAAUUUUUUUGUGGGAGUUACCAGUGUUUUGUAAAUAUAAUCUUAUUUUCCAUUCCAGUGCACCAAAAGACUUCUAUUUGGCAUUUAGUUUCACGGGUUAAAGAUGAAUAAUGUAAAGUGCUAUAGAUAACAUUACAGCCAAGGCAUUAUUAAUGAGAUGGGUGUACUUUUAACUUAAGCAAAUACAAUAUUUUACCUUGCAUUCUGCUCUGUUAAAUCACACACACACACAUGCAUUUACUCAGAAGGUUUCUUUGGGCACAAUAUUCACAAUGUGAACUUUGGACACAUGCUUGUAAAAUCUCAUUUAUUUCUGGUUUGGCAUAAAGAUGUUUCUCAAUAUUUAAAAUAAUAGUUACGGGUUUGUAAAUCUUUAAAACCAAGAUGCUGGAGCGCAUUAUCUCAGAGUAUUUAAACGGUUAUCAUUUACACAAUGGCAUAUGAAAGCAUGCAUAAUGUAUUUGUAGGCAUGAUCCGUUUUAUGACUGUUGGUGGUGUUUUUUUUUAUGUUAUUGAAUGAGAGUGUUAUAAUACAGAAAGUAAAAGAUGAAUUUCCGACUGGCUUUACACUGUGUUUUUAACCACGUUUUCCAUGUUGUACACUAAAUCGAAGAUGAAAUUGUACAGUCUUUCAGCCUUGAUAUACUGACCGCAGCCUUUGUUUUUGUUUUGUUUUUAUUGUUACAGUUUGGAUUAAUCAAAAUGUUGUCGAUGUGACAGAAAAGCCUUUUUUGGGCGGGGGGAAAUUGCUCUGAACUUCAGCAAGAUUGUGGAGUUUAUGAAUUUGGUUGGGUUAUUAUUUGAAUGAAUGUUUAUUUUUAUUCACCAGCAAUACUUUGAGUCAACUUUAGUGUUGACUUAAUGCUCUCGUUCUCAAAAUGCUCGAGAGCGAAUACAAGAUGUCGAUAAAUUUCAGGGAAAAAAAAUGUUUUUUGACUAUUAAUGUGGCACAUUCUCAGUCAAUGUGCCUUACCAGAGAUUUAGCUGAUCAUUUCAUUAUGUUCAUUUUUUUAACUUAUGCUAUUUAUUCAAAGCUGUCUGUACAAUUAAUGCUGUAAUGAAUUUUUUGUUGUGCACUUUCUUUUUUAUACUUUUUGUAAUAUUACCAUUGAUAAAAUUUUGUAUCUCAAUUUUCCUCACAUUGGUAUUUUCAUAAAACUUUUAAAGUAAAUCUUGUCUUUGUCA